GCCCGGAGCCAGCGGUCCUUCACGUACCCCGCAUCCAGUGAGACGCGCUGCGCACCGACGGAGCGGACAUGGGCAAAGCGAUGGUGGCCAGGCUUGGACUGGGGCUGCUGCUUCUGGCACUGCUCUUACCUACGCAGAUUUAUUCAAAUCAAACAACUGUUGUAACGCCUUCAAGUAAUUCCUCCCAGCAUACCUCAGCUGCCCCCAAUCCAGCGAAUGCCACCACCAAGGCAAGUGCCGGUACUCUGCAGUCAACAGCCGGUCUCUUGGUGAUCUCGUUCUCCCUUCUACAUCUCUACUGUUAAGAGACUCAGGCCAAGAAACAUCUGUACUUCCCAUCCUCUAAACCCAAUUCAGAUGGCAUCCAGACAUCCAGUGUGACAAGGGAAAAAAGAACAGGUCUUCGUUGAAUGAAUCUGCUAGUUCCACACCUUAUUUUAUUGACAGAAACUGUUGAGGAUCCCAAAUUUGAUUGGUUUGAAGAGCAUGUGAAGGGUUUGACUAGAUGACGAAUGCCAAUAUUAAAUCUGCUGGAGUUUCCUGUACAAGAUGAAGAGAGACAACAUCCAAAAUUAGUUAAGAGAUGAUUUCCUUAAAUGUGGCUUAAGAAGUAUGGACACAUAAAACUCUACCUUGAAAGUGAGAAUAGAUUUUAUCUUACCUAGAGAUAAAGAAUGGGAUGUGGAACAGAGAUUCAGUUUUCAUUUGUUCAUUAAAUUUAUAAGGUCAUAAAACAAUGAGGUAAAACAAAGC